AUGGCUGAGAAGGUCGGCCCUAAGACUCCCAUCAACCACCCAGGGGUGACUUCUCUCCCCCCGGAUCCCAUCCAGAUCAUCCGCAGCAAGGCCCGCUCCAGGAGGGUUCGCGUCAACGUCGGAGGUCUAAACCACGAGGUCCUGUGGCGGACGUUGGACCGGCUGCCACGCACCCGCCUGGGUAAGCUUCGCGACUGCAACACCCACGAGAGCCUGAUGGAGGUCUGCGAUGACUACAGUCUCCAUGAGAACGAAUAUUUCUUUGACCGGCACCCUGGCGCCUUCACCUCCAUCCUCAACUUCUACCGCACAGGGAAGCUGCACAUGAUGGAGGAGAUGUGCGCCCUGUCGUUCGGUCAGGAGCUGGACUACUGGGGUGUAGAUGAGAUCUACCUGGAGUCCUGCUGCCAGGCCCGGUACCACCAGAAGAAAGAACAGAUGAACGAGGAGCUGCGGAGGGAGGCGGAGACGCUGAAAGAAAGAGAGGGAGAGAUAGAGUUUGAUAACACCUGCUGCCAGGAGAAGAGGAAGAAGCUUUGGGACCUCCUGGAGAAACCCAGCUCCUCCCUACCUGCCAAACCCCCCAGCCCUGACCCUGUACUAUACUGGUCUCAGCCCCCCAGCCCUGACCCUGUACUGGUCUCACACCCCCAGCCCCCCAGUCCUGACCCUGUACUAUACUGGUCUCAGACCCCCAGCCCCCCAGCCCUGACCCUGUACCGGUCUCAGCACACCAGCCCCCCAGCCCUGACCCUAUACUGGUCUCAGCCCCCCAGUCCCCCAACCCUGACCCUAUACUGGUCUCAGUCCCCCAACCCUGACCCUGUACUGAUCUCAGCCCCCAGCCCUACAGCCCUGACCCUGUACUAUACUGGUCUCAGCCCCCAGCCCUACAGCCCUGACCCUGUACUAUACUGGUCUCAGCCCCCAGCCCUACAGCCCUGA